AUGUUGAUCAAUGAUGAAUCGAUAUACUUGUAUAAUUUAACUUUGAAGCCACCUUCCCAUUAUAUAUCGUCGAUAGUUGGACACUUUUACAAACAAGGCAAUUCCACAAAGAAUGCGCAACAAUUGGUUCUUGCCUCAUACACCACAUUACAACUAUUUGAAGUAAAUGAAGAAACAGGCAAACUUGAACUUCAAUCUUCCCAAAACUUGCUUGGCACAAUCAAUAGCAUUGAAAAAAUUUGUAUUUCUGAAGUUGAUGGGGUAGUCAUAACCAGUGAUUCUGGGAAUCUAUCAAUAUUGGAAUACGAUAAUACAAGUAAAAAAUUUAUUUCAAAGAUCCAAGAACCAAUGACAAAAAAUGGAUGGGGGAGAAAUUAUGUUGGUGAAAACUUAGCCAUUGACCCAGAGAAUCGAUGUAUAUUAGUAGCAGCAAUGGAGAAAAACAAACUAUUGUAUAAAAUAGAGUCAACUUCUCUGGGUAGCAAGGAAUUAAGUUCACCCUUGGAGGCACAUUCAAAACAAGUUUCAUGUUUAAAAAUAGUUGCAUUGAAUACAGAUCAUAACAAUCCAUUAUUUGGAGCUCUUGAAUUGACUCCUGAGAAAAACUUCAUUAUAAACUAUUAUGAAUUAGAUCAAGGUUUAAACCAUGUGGUCAAAAAGAAACCCGCUUCAUUGAAUCUGGAUCCAUUACCUGAUGAUGUCAAUUAUAUGAUCCCGUUACCUGGCCAUAUUGGAGGUAUGCUUGUUUGUGGAUCCAAUUGGUGUUUCUAUGAUAAAUUGGAUGGUCCUAGAAUAUACUUACCCUUGCCAAGACGAGACGGACAAACUCAAGAGUCAAUUAUUGUUAAUCAUGUUACCCAUGUGUUAAAGAAAAAGAAUUUUUUUAUAUUACUUCAAAACACAUUAGGCGAUUUGUUUAAACUAACUGUCGAUUAUGACUUUGAUAAAGAAACCAUUAAGAAUAUUUCAAUCACUUAUUUUGACACGAUUCCUCCAGCACUCAGUCUAAACAUUUUUAAAAAUGGGUUUUUGUUCGUUAAUGUACUAAAUAAUGACAAGUUGUUGUAUCAAUUUGAAAAAUUAGGAGAUGAUUUAGCAGAAAAUGAAUUGGUCAUCAAUUCUUCAGAUUAUGAUAGUUUGGAUAAUGUGCGAGGAACCGACACCACCACAUUCAAAUUGAAAGGAUUGGAUAAUUUGGCAUUGAUUGAUGUUUUGGAAACGUUAAGUCCCAUAAUUGAUUCUAGAAUUAAUGAUUCUAAAUUAGUCACUUUAUCUUCUCACUCAUAUGUGAAAUCGAUAACGCAUGGUGUCCCAACAACUACAUUAGUUGAGUCGCCCUUACCUAUAACUCCGACAGAUAUCUUCACAACAAAAUUAUCACUAGAGUCGGCCAAUGAUGAAUAUUUGGUUAUAUCGUCAUCGUUAUCGUCAAAAACAUUGGUACUUUCCAUUGGAGAAGUUGUCGAGGAUGUUGAAGAUUCUGAAUUCGUGCUUGAUCAAUCUACUAUAUCCGUACAACAAGUAGGGAUUGCAUCGGUGGUACAAGUAUAUUCCAAUGGUAUUAAGCAUAUUAGAACCGUAAACGGGAAAAAGAAAACUACUGAUUGGUUCCCACCAGCAGGAAUAACAAUUACUCAUGCCAGUACUAAUAAUCAACAAGUUUUAAUUGCGCUAUCUAACUUAAAUGUGGUCUAUUUCGAAAUUGACUCGACAGAUGAUCAAUUAAUCGAAUAUCAAGAUCAUUUAGAAAUCUCAACUACAAUAACAGCAAUGGCAAUUCAAGAACACAAUAGUGAAAAAAGUUCAUUUGCAAUUAUUGGCUGUUCUGAUGAAACGAUUCAAGUGGUCUCGUUACAGGAAGAUAAUUGUCUUGAAAUCAAAUCUCUACAAGCAUUGUCGGCAAAUAGUUCAAGUUUGAAAAUGCUAAAACUGUCUGGUAAAGAGACACACGUACAUAUUGGUAUGGAAAAUGGUGUUUAUGCAAGAAUCAAAAUAGAUACCAUAAAUGGGAAUCUUUCCAACAGCAGGGUUAAAUAUCUUGGUUCUAAGCCGGUAAAUUUAAGUGUCAUUAAAUUCUCUAACGAAAUUGAAGGAGUAUUAGCUAUAUCUUCAGCACCUUGGAUAUCAUAUUUGUACCGAGACUCUUUUAAGAUAACACCAUUGUUAGAAAUUGACAUUACGAAUGGAUCUUCAUUUAUAUCUGAAGAUAUUGGUGGUGAAGGAAUAGUGGGGAUAAAAGAUAAUAACUUGGUAAUAUUUUCAGUGGGUAAAGAAGAUAGUGUAUUUGACCCUCUGCAAGAUUUGACAAUUACCAACACUAAAUUGAGAUAUACUCCUAGAAAAAUGAUCACUCAUGGGGACCGUUUGUUUAUAUCUGAACUGGAAUAUAAUGUACAAGGUCCAUUUAAGUGCAAUAUAAAUGGCAAUGUGAAGGAAAAUGUUGAUGAAGAUUAUUAUGAAGCAUUUGGAUAUGACCGCAAGCAAGAUAGCUGGGCGUCGUGUAUCCAAGUUGUCGACGACAAGACAAAUCAAGUUAUUCAAAGCUUACAAUUUGAAGAGAAUGAAAGUAUUGUUUCUAUGAGUGAUGUCGCUUUUAAUAAACUGUUGUCGUCUGUGCAUGCUUCACAUCUUGUUGUUGGUGUGUGUACAAAUCAAACUAUUUUGCCUAAUUCUUAUGAGAAAAGUUAUUUGUAUACUUUUAAAAUUGGUAAGAAACAUUUACAAUUGGUUCAUAAAACUGAAUUGGAUUAUAUCCCACAAGUGUUAGAAAAUUUCCAAGAUAAAUUAUUAGUUGCAUCAAACAAUCAUAUACAAUUAUAUGAUAUUGGACAAAAACAAUUAUUGAAAAAAUCCACCACCAUAAUUGAUUUUUCACAAAAUAUCAAUAAAAUCAUUCCUCAAUCGAAUCGAAUUAUUAUUUGUGAUUCUCAUAAGAGUUCUAUUAUAUUUGCCAAAUUUGAUGAUUCUCAAAAUCAAUUUGUUCCAUUUGCUGAUGAUAUCAUGAAACGACAAAUCACAUCGAUUAUGAAUUUGGAUAUAGACACAUUAAUUGGUGGUGAUAAAUUUGGAAAUAUAUUUGUUACUCGAAUAGAUGAAGAUAUUUCGAAACAAGCUGAUGAUGAUUGGACAAUAUUGAAAUCUCAAGAAGGAAUUUUGAAUAGUUGUCCAUAUAAGUUACAAAAUUUGAUUGAAUUUCAUAUUGGAGAUAUAAUAACUUCAUUAAAUUUAGGUUGUUUGAAUUUGGCCGGUACUGAAAGUGUCAUAUAUACUGGAUUGCAAGGGACAAUUGGAUUAUUGGUUCCUUUAGUUUCGAAAAGUGAAGUUGAAUUGUUAUUCAAUUUGCAGCUUCUUAUGCAACAAUUUCAAAAUAAUCUUGUUGGUAAAGACCAUUUAAAGUUUAGAAGUUAUUAUAACCCAAUCAAAAAUGUAAUUGAUGGUGAUUUAUUAGAACGCUUCUUAGAAUUUGACACAUCAUUGAGAAUUGAAAUUUCUAGAAAAUUGAACAAAAGUGUUAAUGAUAUUGAGAAAAAAUUGAUAGAUUUAAGAAAUAGAUCGGCAUUUUAG